CAGAGAUGGUUUUAAAUCGAGCUGGAUGGGGUCAUGCUCAGGUGGUGUGAUGUCUUCAACGCCUUGCACGGAAAAAAAGAAAUUGAAUCUUCGCACGCGUGUCUCUGAGGGCCAAAUGCUGUCGCCGAUUUCGUAGCCGAACAUCCCUCACCAGCUUUUGCUUGGCUGCUUUCGGAAAAUAUGCAAACGCCGAGAGUUGGAUUCCAACUUCUUCGGGAGUGAGGAUCUCUGUAGGCUCGUCAACAACUCCUCUCGCACUGCUGCACCACUUGGAUAUCGCUUUCUCUUGAAUGAACGGUAUCAUCUCGGGGAGUGCGGGGAGAGCUCGAGGUUGCAGCUUGCAAUCUGCAGUGGUGGUGGUACACUCGUAGGAUGGGUUGGUGUGUUGAGCUCAGUUCACGAAGUCUUCAUUGGAUUGUGCUGUCAAUGUGGGUCAUUGGUGCAGCGGGCUUCCCCGCCUCUCUAGUCUGGAGGUGAAGUUUGUUAUAGGAGCUAGCUGGGUGCGCAGCAGGAGAGUAGUUCAUGGUUUUAGGGGCAUUUCUAUGGCAUUCUACACGCACCCCUGUCCUCACAGAAAACACAUGAAUUCUGUCUACGUAGCACUUGCAGUAGUGGCCGCUUUGUUUGCUUUAUGCCCUCAGGUGGAGGGAGCGCCAUUCCCUCCUCCGCAGUUUAGGAACUGUCGAAGCCUGGAUGGAUGCUGCCCUCCGGUUAACCGGAAACCACCAGUGCCGUUCCAAUUGCCGACUAAUCUUCCAUGGAGGACACGACGGGCGGCGCAGCUCGUGGACGCCGCGUAUAUUGCAAAAUAUCAUAGAGCGUAUGGGCUGAUGAGAGCACUCCCCAACUCAGACCCUCGCUCUCUAUACGCGCAAGCAAGAAUGCACUGCGCGUACUGCGGCGGGGCAUUCUACUUUCCCAACAGCGCCUACCCGCUAGAGAUUCACGACGGUUGGUUCUUCUUCCCCUGGCACCGCAUGUUCCUCUACUUCCAUGAGCGAAUCCUCGCUAGCCUGAUUGGGGACCCGACCUUCACUCUGCCGUUCUGGAAUUGGGACAACCAGUCACCGAUUGCUCCUCUGGGGAAUUUAGUGCCCAGGUACAUGAGCGAGGCUUACUGGAACCGCAGACCUAACCCACUGUACAACAGGAACCGAAAUCGUUGCGCUCUGCCACCCUUCCUCAUAGACUUGAAUUCUGGUGUAGGAUGCGUCAGGAUGUCGUCGGCUAGGUCUAUUCUAACUGAGAACAACCGUCUCAUGUACACUCAAAUGGUGUCCGGUGCAACCACGCCGAGCCUCUUCCAUGGAUCCACGUACAGAUUCAGAUGGAUGGGAGGCAUGGGCGGUGGGACGUUAGAAGGAGCCCCGCAUGGAACCGUGCAUAUUUUCACAGGGAAUCCAUAUGCCAAGAAUCCAUACGAUGAUAUGGGGAACUUGAACGUCGCCGCAUUGGACCCGUUGUUCUAUGCGCAUCACGCCAACAUUGACCGUCUAUGGGAAGUCUGGAAAGGCAUGGGAGGUCGGCGUAGGGACUUAACUGAUCCCGAUUACCUGAGGUCACAGUUCAUUUUCUACGACGAGAACAAGAGGCUGGUUUCUGUCUCCGUCCGCCAAGUCUUGAGCCUGCGCAACUUGAGGUAUGGUUAUCAGAGAGUGGCCAACCCCUGGAUGAAUCCAAGAGCCUUUGGAAUGGGAGUCAUGAGCUCUGACGACAUGGACAUGUCAGGGGCGUCAAUGGAAGCGGCGAAAUGCUCAAGCCUGCAAUAUAGCGAUGUAUCGGCUCUGGUCAAAGCGAGCCCUUUAUUGGAGAAUUCCGGCAACGUUCUCUCCAUCGAACCACUAACGUUCCGUGUGCGUAGACUGGACCCUACUGGCAGUUGGCAGGAAAUCCUAGUGAUCGAGAACAUCGCCAUCGACUGGACCCAGACCGCAAAAAUUAACGCGUUCCUGUUCCAUCCAUCGGCGAGCGGUUCCAGCAUCGACUGCAUGGAGUUCUUCAGCACUUUUGCACACAUCCCCGAGGCUCAUCACAGGAAGAAGAAGGGAUAUACCAGGUCGUGGAAGCUGGGCCUCACGGAGAAACUGGUGCAAUUAGGAUUGUCCCAAGUGUCGCACGCAGUGAUCACACUCGUGCAAGUUGGAUCCGAUCAGCAGAUCAAGUUCGGCUCUGCUCGAAUCCUGCUCGAGGAUUAACAAAAUUUUGAUCGUCGCCGGCGGUGGCGCAGCCAUUGAUCAGUGCUCCCCAGCCCCCACCUUUCCUCCAUUCUUUGCACAGUUGGAAUUCAAUUGUGCUUGUAGCCAUAUUCCAAAACUACCACAGAGAUCAGAGUUUUGUUUGAAGUUUUGGCUGAAAACUUCAUGUGUUUUUCUUAUCAUCGUUCUCAUACCACCUUUUGUUAUGUCGUCAAUAAAGUUCUUCAAAAAAUCAGUUUUUUUCCUCUUAAAGGAUUUGAAGGUCAAAGUAUUCACAUUGUGUGUGUAUAAAUAUGUAUGUAAAUAAAUAAAUAGGUUUUAUGGAAGGAAGUACUAGCUACUACGUGAUGUAGGUUUUUUGUUCUAUUAUCUGAUACAAAGUAGUUCAAAUUAAUUUAACUGCUACUUGAAUAAUGUAGAAGUUCAAAUUACGUGA